AUGUCAUCGCCUAAUACGAGUAUGGUUGAAGCAAUCAAUGCUAUGAAACAAACUAUAUCAAGAUUUACUCAAAUAUGGUUCUUUUCCUUGUUUAUUUUUGGUGUAAUUGGUCACACAUUGAGUAUCUAUGUUUUUACACGUCGUCAAUUUCGUUCAAAUCCAUGUACACGUUACUUUUUGGCAUCAACUAUAUUUGGUUGUGCUGUUGUCUACUUAACUAUUCCACUACGAUUGCUUCAAACUGUAUUUAAUGUAGAUGUGUUUAUAUAUUCACAUCUAGGAUGCCGAAUUUUAUCAUAUAUUUUCAAUUGUUUCAGGAUACUACCAUCUUGGUUUAUUGCUCUAGCUUCUAUUGAUCGGUUUCUUUGUAGUUCUACAAAUGCUACUCUUCGUCGAUGGAGCAAUAUUCGUAUUGCUUCCCGUACUAUUCUACUUACUAUUUUACUCAAUGGUCUUAUUUAUAGCCAUAUGCCUUUCAAUUAUACAAUUUUCGUAUCACCACGAUCAUGUGCUAUUGCAACAAGCUCUUAUCAGGCUUUUUAUUCUAUAUGGAACUUGAUUGUUUUCGCUUGGAUUCCAACUAUUUGUAUGCUUAUUUUUGGUUUACUCACUAUUCGACAUGUUCGUCAAGGUAAGAAGAGAGUAGCAGCUCAAAAUACGCAAAAUAAUGGUCAACGAAAUCAAAAGAAAAUAGAUCGACAAUUAAUUCAAAUGUUGAUUAUUCAAUGUUUGGUGUAUGGUUCAAUAUCAACUGCUAACUCGGUGUUUCAGCUUUAUGUAUCAAUAACAAACAGUGUAAUGGUAAAAAAUGAUUUUGAAAAAGUCCGAGACAAUUCUGUACUUAGUGUUACGAAUGCAACAACCAUUUUUGGUCCAUGCAUGAGUUUCUAUCUAUUUGCAUUGUCAAGUCAAUUGUUUCGUUCUGAAUUGAUGAAUUUAUUUCGUCGAAAAUCACUUACACCAGGACUAAGUAAUACAAUUGAAACUGCUAGACAAACAACUAACUGA